AUGGCGGACGAAACGAAUCGAGAAACUAACAUCUCUGUUGCUGAUAAGAUUGAGAAAAAUGUUCUGGGAUCGCAUAUGGAUGCAGCCGAAGAAAAUCCAUUGACGAAAUCUCAGGAAGAGAAGCCGAGUUCGAGUAUUAUUAAUCCAGAGUCUCUUGUUGGAAAACGGGUCCGUGAAAGAUUGCUUGAUGAAGAUGAUUCCCCCACGAACAAGAAAGUGAAACUUGACCAACUCCAGAAACAGGUUUACGGCGAUGUUAACGCAGAAUCUCCAACACUAUCCAGCUCAAGGGAUUUGAUCAUGCAAGACCUGGUAAACGAAUGCAACCGUACUCACAAAUCUCCGGUCGCGAUUGAAGAUGAUGAAAUCAAAACUGAUACACCAUUGAGGAGAACGGAGCCAAAAUUCAGAGCUUUGCCUAUCGGAUUCAGAUUUCGUCCAACAGAUUAUCAGUUGUUAAACAAUUUCUUGAAGAAAAAAGCUCUGGGACAGCCAAUGAAAUCCCGUUUUACACCGCAAGAGUGUCUGGAUAUCUUCUCAAAAUCUCCUCGCGAUUUGCCUGAUUAUCCAGAAGAAAGGCAUUGGUAUUUCUUCUGCAAGAAAUUUAAUGACCAGGACCCUCAAAACCUCUGGACACAAAUCGGUGAAGACACUAUCGUGGUGGAUCCACAGGAAAAUGGCGUCGGUAUUAAACGUCCCUUUACUCUCGCUGAGCAGGAAGAAGAAUCAUGUGAUAUCUAUUUGUCCGACGAAGAAGAGCCUCUAAAGGAAGAAUGGUUCCUGGAUGAAAUUAGUCUCCUAUCUACUGUUGCAGAUACUGACUGGGUUGUGUGCCAUGUCUUUCUUAACUGGAAGGUGAAGAAACAAGAAAUUGUUGAUUCCGAUGAAGAAAGUGAUGAUUCCGACGAAGAUACUUAA